AUGAUGCCUAAAGGCAUGACACCAAUAGUGCUUUCGCUAAUCGUGAAUCCUCAACAGCCACGACCACAGUUCCCCAAUCCAGGAUACCUACCGAACGGAACUGUUUCUGGACCGACUCCUGGAGCCCAGGCUCUUCUUCCAAACAAUGGCCGCGUCAUCCAGUCGGGGCCCAUUCGAGUCCUUUGCAUUGCGGACGUGAGAGGAAAUCUCAAAUCUCUAAACGAUCUUGCCAAAACCGCAAGGGCAGAUUACAUCCUGCAUACCGGCGACUUUGGAUUCUACGACAAUACUUCACUGGAGAGAAUAGCCGAGAAGACAUUGAAACACGUCGCCCAAUACUCGCCUCUCCUAAGUGAAAAUGUCAAGCGCCAGAUCGCCCAACCCGCACCACCUCGACCGAUCAAGCAAAUGUUCUCACCUGAACAACUUCCCCUUUCCGAAUUGCCUCUCCUCCUCAACAAGCAGAUCACUUUGGAUGUACCCGUGUACACUGUAUGGGGAGCCUGUGAAGAUGUCCGAGUAUUGGAGCGAUUCCGAUCGGGCGAGUACAAGGUGGACAAUCUACACAUCAUCGAUGAAGUCAAUUCGAGAUUGCUUGACAUUGGCGGAGUGAAGCUGCGAUUGUUGGGAUUGGGUGGUGCUGUUGUCAUCCAUAAGCUCUUUGACAACGGAGAAGGCAAGACAUAUAUUGCCGGUGGCCAGGGAACAAUGUGGACCACGCUAUUACAGAUCGGCGCCUUGAUUGAUACCGCAAACCGUGUCUAUGAUCCUUCAGAGACCCGCAUCUUCUUGACGCACGCCUCUCCCGCAAGAGAUGGAAUCCUCAACCAGCUAUCGGUCACUCUGAAAGCGGACUUCUCGAUUUCUGCCGGCCUCCAUUUCCGAUACGGAAGUUCCUACAACGAAUUCUCCGUCAACCCCACUCUUGACCACUACCGCGGUAAGCUGGCAGCGUCCAAAGCAUCCUUUCAAGAUGUGUGGGAGACGGUUAAGAUGGACGUUGAGCAGGCUAUUGAGUCCAAUGCCAACCACAAGGCCCUCCUUCACAGUGCUCUGGAAAUUGUCGAGAAGAUGCCGAGUACUGCCAAUGGUGGAAAUCCAUUCGGUGGCCCCGUGGGCGGUGGCGCAGCUGCAGGUCAGGUGGAUGAGAGUGCGUUCAAGAACAUGUGGAAUUUCAACCUCGCAGACGCCGCCUUUGGCUAUCUCGUGCUGGAAAUCGAAGGUGGUCGCAUCGGCACCGAAAUGCGUGCGCAGGGCUUCAACUUUGCUCACCGUGGAAAACCAACUUCGGCCUCGACGAUCCCCCAGCAGCCAGCUGCAGCCCCCGGACCAGCUGUCUCUGCCCCUGUAGCUUCCAAUUCUGCACCGACUGGCCCGGCUCCGAAUCGCACCCCAGCCUUCCCAGCACCUCCGCAGCCUUUCCCACAGCAACAGAAACCUCCGCAGCAACAAGCAAGACCCAGCCAAUCCGCUCAGCCGGCGCCGAUCCCUGCCACCAAGUCCACUACGCCACCCACGGCAGCAUCACCGGCACCCCCCGUGACACAGGCCAAACCUCUCACACCCCAACCGUCAUCCGCCGCAGCACCAACGACCUCCGCAACCCCAGCGACCAAUGGCACCGGCGGAGACAAGAUCGGUGACGGGGAGGCCACAAAGGCGAAGGCCGGUACUCCUCCAGCAGACCGCAAACCCCCCACGGCCCUCUACGUGUCAUUCGCGGAUAGUGAACAACAUGCCAAAGAGUGUCUCGCGGAGGAAGACCGCGAGAAGGUCAAAUCCAUUGUCAGACUGGGCAACAAAUAUAAUAAUUGGAAAGUCCAAUUUGAGACGCACGAGAUUGCCGACGCGGCUUUGACUCGAGCCCAAGCGCACAUUCAGAAAAACAAGAGUGCCACGGGCAAACCUCCUAAGAUCACAUGGUUCGAAGAGCGAGGCACCGGAUACCAUCAGCGCGACAAUCACAGUCAAGGCGGUAUGGGAACGUGGCAGGGUAGCAACCGUGGUGCAUCUACGUCGGCCAGCACCCCUUCCACGCGUCCAGGGUACCAGAGUGGAGGAGCAAGCGAUAGUGAAGGUGGUCGAGGACGAGGGGGCUUCCGAGGACGUGGACGUGGCCGAGGAGAUGAUCGAGGUGGCCGUGGUGGACGAGGUGGACGAGGCAGCUACCAGAGCAAGAUGACCGAUGGAGCCUCCGACGCGAAAUCGACGGAAUCGAAGCCUAGCGAAUCGAAGCCCGCGACUGCCUCUGGAGACAGUUGA